CACGACUCCCAGACACAAGGCAGGCAUCUACAGCUUUAAACAUGAUUGCUUCUUUUGUGGAUAAUCUGUCGGUACUUCCAGGACGGACUAGACUUCUGUCUGACUCACCGAAAAGGAAGCCUUUGGAGCGCACUGUCUGAAUCGUGCUUUGGCUCAGAGCUGUGCGUUACUAGGGAUCCCCGCUUCCAGGAGGCUCGCUGUCCUGGAAGGCUUGUUCCGAGGUCAGAGGUCGUCAUUCCAAGCCCGGUUGUCGUCUGCAGCCCCCGGAGGAGCUCUGCGGCUUAACUUUCACAACAGCGCACAGGUCCUCCAUUCAGGGAGCCCAGACCUACAGGAAGCGAGAGAUAGAAAAAACAAACACAGGGGAGAGAGAAAGAAGCUCUUCAUGAAUUCCCCCAAAUCCUGAAAGGCAAACACGUCGAGUUGGCUGGCAGUCCCGAGGGGCCGAGCGGACAAUGAAAAUGGCCUUUCUUUGUCUCCCAGCGGUCACUGUCCUCUUCCUCUGCUUUGUUCCGAUAGCUGCUACCGAUAAUGAUGUCACUCCGCGCCUCACCUUCGCCUACAAUGCAAAGGAGAGAACGACCAAAAGUUUUUCGGUCGACGGCGUCUUCAACUUUACCUCUCUUCUCCUCAGCAAAGAAGACGGCGCGCUCUACGUGGGCGCAAGGGAGGUCCUCUUUGCCCUCAACCUCACGGACAUCAGCAGAGCCAGGCUACACAGGAGGAUCACCUGGAACACCCCGGAGGGCAAGAGGGACGAGUGCAGUUUCAAAGGCAAAGAUUUACAGACGGAUUGCUUCAACUACAUCAAGAUUUUACUUCGGCUGAACAGCACUCAUCUAUACGUGUGUGGAACAUAUGCCUUCAGCCCCAUCUGUGCAUACAUAAGCACUGCAGACUUUUCCUUGGUGAAGAGCCAGAACGGGGAGAUUGUUUCAGAGGAUGGCCGCAGCCGCUGCCCUUUCAACCCUGAAUACAAGUCCACUGCUAUAAUGGCUGAUGGAGAGCUGUAUGCCGGCACUGUGAGUAAUUUUCAAGGAAACGAACCCAUCAUUUACAAGAGCCUCGGCCAGGGAACUGCUCUAAAAACAGAAAACUCGCUGAACUGGCUCCAAGACCCGGCCUUUGUUGGCUCUGCCUACAUCCAGGAGAGCCUGCCCAGGGGCAACCUAGUGGGCGACGACGAUAAGGUUUACUUCUUCUUCAGCGAAGUGGGAAAGGAGUUCGAUUUCUUUGACAACACCAUUGUGUCCCGCAUAGCUCGCGUGUGUAAGGGUGACAAAGGAGGGGAGAGAGUUCUGCAGAAAAAAUGGACCACCUUCCUCAAAGCCCAGCUCUUGUGCUCUUUGCCGGAUGAUGGCUUCCCCUUCAACAUUAUCCAGGACAUGUUUGUGCUGACCCCUAGUGCAGAGCGCUGGAAGGACACGUUAUUCUAUGGCGUUUUCACGUCUCAGUGGUACAAGGGUGCUUCGGGGAGCUCUGCCGUCUGCUCCUUCACAAUGGACCAAGUGGAAAAGGCGUUCAACGGGCGUUACCGAGAGGUUAACCGGGAGACCCAGCAGUGGUACACAUACAACCACCCAAUUCCCGAGCCACGGCCUGGAGCGUGCAUCACGAAUGCUGCAAGAGAGCAGGGCAUCGCCUCCUCGCUGCACAUGCCUGACAAGGUGCUGAACUUUGUGAAGGACCAUUUCCUGAUGGACAGCGUCAUCCGCAGCCAGCCCCUCCUGCUCAAGCGUAACGUGCGCUAUACACAGAUUGCUGUGCACUGGGUCCAGGCCAUCCAAAAGGCUUAUAAUGUGCUCUUCAUUGGCACAGAUGACGGGAGACUUCACAAAGCAAUUAAUGUCAAGAACAAAAUGCACAUCAUUGAGGAGAUGGUACUUUUCCCUGAUUCUCAACCAGUGCAACACAUUGAGCUGGACUCUGAAAAGGGCCAGCUUUAUGUUUCCUCUUUCUCUGGACUGGUGGAGGUCCCAGUAGCUAACUGCACUAAUUAUCAGAGCUGCGGGGAGUGUGUCCUGUCCAGGGAUCCGUACUGUGCAUGGACCGGGAGGCAGUGUAUGGAUGUCAGACAAGCUUCCCCUGGCAGUUUCUGGCAGCAGGAUGUAGAUGAUGCGGACACAUCGGUUAUUUGCAACAAGACCAUUUUCAGCGCACGGUUUGCUAAACUUCCAAUGACACGAAAGACUUCGUGCCAGGUGAUCAUAAUACCAGCCAACACAUUUAAAGUGCUGCCUUGUAAGCUGCGCUCUAACUUGGCAGAGAGGAGGUGGGAGUACAGCGAGACUGCAGGUCACUUCCAUUACCCCAGCCCCGAGGGGGGCCUGGUGGUGGUAGCCCAGGCCAACAGGCAAGAAACCUACGAGUGCUGGUCAGUGGAGGAGGGCUUCAGACAACUACUGGCUAACUACUGCGUAAGGGGUGAGGCCAAGCAGGAGAGCACCACCCUGAUGGGCCGGUCCCGUACCCCGCAGGUCCCCCAGGAGGAGAUCAUUAUCCUGCCGGGGGAGGCCCGCUCACCACCUAUCAAUGCCAAGACCUACUGGAAUGAGCUCAUCGUGGUGUGUGCUCUCCUGGCCUUUUCCCUGGUGGUCUUCUCCCUGUUUGUGGUGUAUAGAAACCGUGACCACAUGAAGUCCAUGCUCAAGGAGGGAGAAUGCCCCAACAUGCAACAGAAGAAACCCAGAAUAGUAGGAAAGCCAGCGGAGAACUUGCCGCUAAAUGGCAACACAGUCCCAGUGUCUGUCUCUGAUCAUAAGGGUUAUCAGACCCUAAAUGACAACUAUAUCUGUAGCACUCCACCACACGAGUGCUCUUCACCAGACAACAGCAAGAGCUUUUCAGAGUCAGAGAAGAGGCCUCUGAACUUGAAGGAGAGCCAUGUACAGAUUUCUCCCACAUGCCCACGGCCUCGGGUGAGACUGGGUUCUGAGAUAAAAGACUCCAUUGUGUGAGGCCAGCUCAGAUAAACUUUAUGUCAUGUUGAGUGACUGACUGUAAACCGAGAGGAAAGAGUGCACUUGCUGAAAAAGACAAAACCCUAGAAGAGGGAACACUGAAAAAUGUUGAACUCUACUCUGAGCGACAUUUCAUCACACAGAUUUUGCACUUUGUCUUAUAUGAUUUGUCCCUUUGGUCCAUGUAUAUUUCUGUCAUUAUUUUUGCCACUCCCCCUUUUCUCAUGUGCACUCAAAGCACAACCAAGGAGAAGAUCCAGUUUGCCUUCAGACUUUUGAAGCUUUCUUAUGAUGCUCAUGGAGGGAAUGUAACCAACACAGGGGGGGAUGUUGCCCAGUUAUACGAUGGUCAUAGGAUGACAUUUCGUAGCGUUACCUCUCAGUCCGUCCAACUGACCUAUCUGUAACGCUUUUAAAGAUAAAUGUAUUUUCUCUAUUCCCACUUACUGACUCAAUGUAUCUGUUAUCUGACAAGAGCGUACAUGACACUGAGGCUAUGCAUAACACUCACACUCCAGAAAUGUCACAAACUGCUACCUGCUAGGUGAAACACAAGGUCUUUCUUACAGUUAUACCCUUGCACAACUGUGUUAGCGUACCCAUUGCUUGGACGACAUUCAUAAAUCCAGAAUUUAGAGUUGCCCCAGCCAAUAAAAUGGCAGGCCAUAAGGAGCCACUGACAAAGAGAUCGGGACCAUUGGUUAUGAAACUAAAAACACAAAUGAGGGAUGCCUUAAAGGAGAUGUUUGGGUGCUUUGCUCAACUAGAAACCCCAACACAAUAACUAAAACUAAUGCAGACCUACAGAAAGACAACUGCAAUAGACUCCGAAGUAAAGGCUGAUACAAAUGGGCUUUUUUAGUAUUGUCCACAUUGUUGUAUAGAAAUAAUGCGUGUAGGCUUGACAUUCAACAAAGUUUACGUUGCCAAUGUGAUAAAGGGGGGGGGAAAAAACCAUUCCAGGUAUUAUCACGCUAUUCUUCAUAAAAAAAGGCAGACUAUGCAAAGCUAAUAAUGUGAAGUGGGGUGAACACCAAGGAAACCUCACCUUGAGACUUUGGAAGCACAAAGGAUCCAGCACUGUACAUUACUGAGGAUCAGUGGCAUUACACACACACAUGCUCGCGCACGCAUACACAUGCAUACACACAAGCAUCCUCACUCAAAUUAUAUGUGCAAGUGACUUCAGCUAUUGUUGAUUUGUUUGGUACAAGAAUGUUUUGGAUUUCUGAAAGAUUGACAUAAAUAGGAUGAUCAAAUAUAAAGGUCUAUGCAUAUUGAUGGCUUUUUUUUUUUAAAUCAGAAAAGUUACUUCAUAAGGAAAUCUUAUGAAGCAAGUUAGGAGGACACUAUAUAUUAACAUUAUUGAAAUACUGUCAGCCAGUAAAUUGUUUGUCCAUUUUGGGUAAUAUGAAUAUGUGUGAUGACUCGCAUUUUCCAAAGCCAAUUUUGACCACUUUGAAUCCAUAACUAUUCUCAGAGGGAAAUAUGAGAACAACUUAGACACACAUGACCAUGUAACCUGAACUUUAUUUAUCAGGGCUCAUAAAUAACACCCUCCCUAAAAAAUAAAAAAAAAAGUACAGGUUGCUUGCGGAAAUAGUGUGAAAGUCAACUAUCAAUGGCUUUCAGUCUAAUGUUAACAAUUUAACAAGUUUUAUGACGAUCCCAAUUGGAUUUUGAUUUCCCAUAUUUGCAGUCAGAGAUUAUUCCAAAAGAAUUAUGACUAGAGGCUCUUUAAACAAUGUUUCAUAGUGAUGCUAAAGCUUCUCAAUUAAUACAAUGUUAUAUGUCUUAAGUUUUUUUUUUAAUCAUAAUAUUGAAUUGUUGUCAACAUACUAACUAUUUCAUAAAAAAAAAAAAGAAAUUGCUUAACUCAGAAUGCAUUACUUUUGCACAUAAUGUUGGAAGGCCUUAGUCAAGCACAGGAUCUGGAUUUGGUGGGAACUCUGCCUUUGGGGGGGAAAAAAUUAAGAUGCCUUCAAGUCAAACGUAAUCAAAAGAUGUGCCUCAUGGGGAAACUACUGUAAUAUUAGUAGCUCAGACCCAAAAUAAGCAGGCAUUAGUGCUGAGGAAUCACAUGCUUUACUGCAGGUAUGACAGGAGGGGUCAUUCUUAACAGCAGAGGACACAUUUCUAUUGUGUUUAGCAUUGUGUAUGCUCUAAACAGUCUUUCACAAUGGCUUCAAACUCAGUCAGGGCAUAGAUUUUCUUUUAUGAGAAGCACACAAAUAUAACCACUGGCUCUAUUGUGAAAUAUAGUUAAACACAGUACUGAUAUACAAUCCUUGUAAAUGGCAAUGCAAAAUGGCUCUGUAUAGAUAUCGGUGUACUCACCCAUUCAGGAUACUGGCUGAAGCAGUGUGUUUCUGACAAAAACACUUUAUGCUAUAUUGAAAGACUGUUAAGGAAAAACAAAUAAAUGGCAGCUUUUAGUGAAGUUGUCAUUGACAGAAUAAUAAACUUGCCAUAACAGUAAUUUAGCAAACUAUGUAAAGAAAAAUUGUUUGAUUAAAAUUCUUAACUAGUAAAUGGUUCAUAAGUUAAAUACUCUGAAUGCCAGUCAAUGCUCACAGAAACAGUAUUUAUUAAACAUUUUCCUUUGAAAAACCACUGUAGGCAAGCUCUCUAUUUGUGACGGUGCAAGUUGCUCAGACUCUUCGUCAUCAUGUGUUGUAAGUAAUGACGUUUUUUAUGUAGAAAUUGUUUUUGUAAAUUCAGCUGCCAAUGUAGAAAUAUUGUGAAUUGUAUUUUUUGUAUCAUACAUCACAACCGUUUGUUUUUUCUUUUGUAUUUUACUGUAUAUAAAAAAAAGCACUUUAUUUUCAUUUUUUUUCCAAAUAAAGACGAAAUGGGAACACGUUCG